GCGACGUGAUGUUUGUGAUGAGGCGGGAAAUGGCGUCCGCAGACAUGGUUGAUCUGUGAGCAGCGACUCCAGCGACACUCUCCGCAGCCCCCGACACGGCCCCCAACCCAACCUGGGGCCGCUCCAGCCGCAGCCGAGGAGCUGACAACACUGCGGCAACUUUGGAGGCGCUUCCUUUCCCUCAGUUCUUCUAUGUGACGGAGGAGAACAAUGAGGCUGAGAGUGCGCAAAGCUCCUCAGCAGCCAAACCUGGGCCGUCGUGUCCCCCCACCCCCGGCCAAACGGAAACACUGUGAAGUGGAAACAUCCCCAGUGCGACGUCGAGGCAAAAUGCAGAACAAUGAAACUGGCCUGUUUUCCACCAUCAAGAAGUUUAUUCGUGGGAACGCGGUCAAGGUGGAGCAGGAUAUUCCUGCCAAGAGGAGCCGCAUUGAUUGUAAUUCUGAUCUAAUUACUUCAACACCCCAGACCAGAGGCCUUGCAAACAAAUCAGCCUCCAGGGUUUGUCGAAAAACCCCAACAAAAGACACAGUCUCGUGCAACAGUAAACCCAUGAAACAAAAUGGCAAACUGGAGGAUCCCGUGGACGUGGCCAGCAGUCCUCCUCGCACAACCCUACUGGGAACCAUCUUCUCUCCAGUCUUCAACUUUUUCUCACCAGCAACAAAAACUGCCACCCCUGGCUCCGACUCGCCGGGACAAGCGAUGGAGGCGGAGGAAAUCAUGAAGCAGCUGGACAUAGAGCAGGCAGAAGAGAUGCCGAGCAGCACGCUCACAUCCACAGAGGACAUCCCUCCGUGUCACACCACCCAGGUCUUACCUCAGAGGCUGCAAAUCACUUCGGACUCCACCGUGGAGGAAGGAGAGAUCGCCACCGAAACAGACAUGCCCCCUCUGACAGCUCCUGGUUGCAUCCCGGACGGCACCUACACUCACACUCUCACACCAGCUCCUCCCGAAACAUCGUAUGAGGAGGAUUGGGAAGUUUUUGAUCCCUACUUCUUCAUAAAGCAUGUUCCGCCACUGACGGAGGAGCAGUUGACACGCAAGCCAGCAUUACCUUUGAAGACACGCAGCACGCCUGAGUUUUCUCUCGUCUUGGAUCUGGAUGAAACCCUGGUCCAUUGCAGUUUGAACGAGCUUGAGGAUGCAGCGCUGACAUUCCCAGUGCUGUUUCAAGAUGUAAUAUACCAGGUCUAUGUGCGGUUGAGGCCUUUUUUCCGUGAAUUUCUAGAGCGGAUGUCUCAGAUGUAUGAGAUCAUCCUCUUCACAGCCUCAAAGAAGGUGUAUGCUGACAAGUUGCUGAACAUCCUGGACCCAAAAAAGCAGUUGGUCAGACACCGGCUGUUCCGCGAACACUGCGUGUGUGUUCAAGGGAAUUACAUCAAGGACCUCAACAUUCUGGGACGAGAUCUUUCCAAGACUAUAAUAAUAGACAACUCACCUCAGGCCUUUGCUUACCAGCUUUCCAAUGGAAUUCCCAUCGAGAGCUGGUUCGUGGAUCGGAAUGACAACGAGCUUCUGAAGCUGGUUCCCUUCCUGGAGAAGCUUGUGGAAAUGAAUGAAGAUGUCAGGCCGCACAUCCGAGAGCGGUUUCGUUUGCACGACCUGCUGCCUCCCGACUGACCAUCCCCAACGCUCAAGGCUCAAGUUGGUAUCAACCUUUAAGAAAACCUGAAGGAUGCAUUCAAAGGAUCCCUGUUUUAUUAGCAUUUUUAAUCAUGCAAAAGAAAUCUAUGCUUGAGUGAAAAGUUCUGGAUGUUUUUAUGCAUCAGUAUGACUUAAAAGAGAAUCUUCUAGAAGUUCCUGCGUCUUUUACCAACAAUUUUGGAUUUAAAAAAAAUAAAGCAAACAAAAAAAAUCUAAAAACAAACUGAAUGUCAAGCAAUGUUGGACUCAGUCUGAUGCAAGUGUAGAAUAUUCACUAUUGUAAAUACAUGUACAUAUGUUUUUUUUCUCAAGGUUUUUAAGUCAUUUGUUUCCAGACUUUAGUAUGAGUUCUUUUAUCUGGCUGUUUUUAUAAGUCAUCCUGUUAGUGUGUUUUUGUUUGGAGUUGUUUCCCGCCUCCAUGAUUCCUGUGAUGCUUUACUCCAACACAUGCAGUUGUGUAUCAUACGGUGCAGUUCAAGAAUCCUGUAAAGGUUUUGUUUAGGACUUUUAGGGGGCGAGAUAUUUCUAAAGUGAUAUUUUAAAACAAAACACAAACGUAAGGUAGGAUAGAUUUCAACUGAAUACAAAGCCAUAAUGGCCAAUUGAUAAUUUUGGAGAUUUGUAUUCGGGAGUCCACUUUGACACCGUGUUCGUCCACCUUGACAAGCGGCAGAGGGAACACGGUGGGUUCAGGCAGCUCGCACUUUGGAAUCCACCCCUUUGUAAGUAAAAUGUUUUGACUGCAGGCGUCAACACCUGCUUUUUUUUUUUGUUUGUUUUUGGGUGAAAAAAAAUGAAACUGUAGCACCAGCAAAUUGCCAAUAUGAACCUUCAAAUGUUGUUUUACCAAGAGUCUUGUUGUGUGGGAUCUUUAAAAGAUGUAGGAGUCACAUGUUUUGACUAUUGAAUGAUCACUCCUGUUGUAUUAAGUGUUACUCGAUUGUUUCCCUGAAAAUAAACAUGUUUUUUAUCAA